AUGGGAGGUGGCUGUGCGGGCUGGGAGGCAGCAAGGCGCAGGGCCCUGGGCCUUUGCUGGAGGAGCGGGGCUGGCCGGGGAGGCGCAGGCACGUGCCCGACGGCUCUGCCGUGCUCCUCGCAGGGCUGCUUCGUGUGCGGCGAGCGGGGCGCUGCCAUCAGCUGCCAGCAGAAGGGCUGCAGCCGCACCUUCCACCUGCCCUGCGCCUCUGAGCACGGCUGCGUCACCCAAUUCUUCAGGCCCUACAGGUCGUUCUGCUGGGAGCACCGUCCGGAGCAGGCAGUGCCAGCACGUCCCACUGCGGAGACGACAUGCAUCAUCUGCCAGGAGCCCGUGGACGAGCAGCUCUCGUACCGCACCAUGGUGUGCCCGGCCUGCAAAGGGGCCUGGUUCCACCGGGGCUGCAUCCAGGUCGGGGCGCUUCCCUGGCGCCAGGGGCACGGCGGGGCCAGCCACAGUGCCCCGCUGACGCUGCCUGUUUGUCUCCUGCAGGGACAGGCCGUGCACGCCGGAUUCUCCUGCUUCCGGUGCCCGCUCUGCAAGAACCGCAGGAGAUUUCUCCCGGAGAUGUUUAAAAUGGGCAUCUCCAUCCCCUUCAGAGGACCAUCGUGGGAGGAAGGCGGCCGCUACCGCGACCUGUACCAGCGGCACAGGCGCUGCGAUGCGGCCCGGUGCCUUCACCCGCGGGGCAGGGAGCAGGCAGAGCCGAGCGGGGGCUCUGGGAGCCGGUGCUUGGCACAAGAGCUGUGCCGGGCACUGCCUUGCUGCGCUCCCUCGGCCCGUGGGGGCCUCGCUGGCAUCACGGCCAGCAGCCCCAGCCACCACCGCCACCAACCCGUUUGCUUGGCCAGGCGCUGGGAGCUGCUGCUGUGCUCGUCCUGCGCCGCCCAAGGGGCCCAUCGGGGCUGCUCGGGCCUGGGAAACGCCGCCGUGAGCUGGGAGUGCGACGAGUGUGCCGGCCUGGGCCCCGGUAAGAGGCAUCGCGGCCAGGGCCCCGCAGGCUGGGGCUGGGGCUGGGGCCAGGCCUGGCAGCAGGUGCUCAGCGCAGCGCUGCAGCAGGGUCUCUGCCUGCGGCAGGGCCGGGGGCACCGCUCGGGGCUCUGCAGCCCCGGGGCCGUGCUGCUGACCUUCCUGCCUCCCCUCGCAGCCUCCAGUGCGCAGCCGGAGCCGGCCGCCCCCAGCACCAGCAGCCAGGCUGAGCCGGCGGCGUCCUCCAGCUCCGCAGCUCCCCGGACCCGCAGCCCGUCGGGCGGGACGGGGCCGGAGCGAAGGCCGAGCCGCUCCAGGCUAGCCCGCCGCUCCCAAAAUCCCUACCGGCGGCCGUGA